CAUGAAAGCGGUGGUCUCCUCUCUUGUAUAUAAGGUUCUCGUGGCAGUUUAUUGGCAGGUUCUGAAAACAACCCUUUCCCAAAGCUAACAAAACAAAAACAUGGGACACGGUGAUAAAAGUGGUCGACCAAAUAAGAAAUUCAAAUUCACAUCAAAGGAUGAUUAUAGAAGCUCAGUGGCUGAUGAUGAUGUUUUUUACCCUGAAGAAGCUGGGGAUGAUUUUCGCGAUGGCGGGACAGAAGGAAAAAAGAGGGAUUUUAGCAAAUUGGAAUUGAAGCCCGAUCACGCGAACCGCCCAUUAUGGGCUUGUGCAGAUGGGCGAAUUUUCCUUGAGACUUUCUCUUCUUUGUAUAAGCAAGCUUAUGAUUUUCUCAUUGCCAUUGCCGAGCCUGUUUGCAGGCCCGAGUCAAUGCACGAGUACAAUCUAACUCCACAUUCCUUGUAUGCUGCGGUGUCGGUGGGUUUAGAGACUGAAACAAUAAUUUCAGUUUUGAAUAAGUUGUCGAAGACCAAGUUGCCGAAAGAGAUGAUUGAUUUUAUACAUGCUUCUACUGCUAAUUACGGUAAAGUAAAGCUCGUGCUUAAGAAGAAUCGGUACUUCAUUGAAUCCCCAUUUCCUGAGGUAUUAAAGAAGUUGCUAAAGGAUGAAGUUAUAGCUAAAGCAAGGAUUCAACCCGAGAGUUCACAUGGAACUGAGGGAUUUACAAUUAGCAAAGCUGCGGGGGAAAUUGGAACUAGUCAUGAUGGAUUAUUGAAUGAAGCAGAAUUGGCUGCUGCAGCAGAAGAAAAAGAAACUCACUCAUUUGAAGUUGACCCUUCACAGGUUGAAAAUGUUAAGCAGCGGUGCUUGCCAAAUGCUUUAAAUUAUCCAAUGUUGGAGGAGUAUGAUUUCAGAAAUGACACUGUCAACCCUGACCUGAAUAUGGAAUUAAAGCCUCAUGCACAACCACGACCAUAUCAAGAGAAAAGCCUCAGUAAAAUGUUUGGAAAUGGCAGAGCAAGAUCUGGCAUUAUUGUUCUUCCAUGUGGAGCUGGAAAGUCUCUAGUUGGUGUUUCUGCAGCUUGUCGAAUAAAGAAAAGUUGCCUCUGUUUAGCAACAAAUGCUGUUUCUGUUGAUCAAUGGGCCUUUCAAUUCUCGCUCUGGUCAGACAUUUCACAGGAUCAAAUUUGUCGUUUUACAUCUGACAGCAAAGAACGAUUCAAGGGAAAUGCUGGGGUUGUGGUGACAACAUAUAACAUGGUUGCUUUUGGUGGAAAACGAUCAGAAGAAUCUGAAAAGAUUAUUGAAGAAAUAAGAAAUAGGGAGUGGGGACUUCUUCUAAUGGAUGAGGUCCAUGUCGUUCCUGCUCAUAUGUUUCGUAAAGUUAUCAGCAUCACUAAAUCUCAUUGCAAACUUGGGCUUACUGCAACACUUGUGAGAGAGGAUGAAAGGAUUACCGAUCUGAACUUCCUUAUUGGUCCUAAACUAUAUGAAGCAAACUGGUUGGAUCUAGUAAAAGGGGGUUUCAUUGCAAAUGUGCAGUGUGCUGAAGUAUGGUGCCCAAUGACGAAAGAGUUUUUUGCUGAGUAUCUAAAGAAAGAAAAUUCAAAGAAGAAGCAGGCACUUUAUGUGAUGAAUCCUAACAAAUUCAGGGCAUGCGAAUUUCUUAUAAGAUUUCAUGAAGAGCAGCGCCGUGAUAAGAUAAUUGUCUUUGCUGAUAAUCUUUUUGCACUCACAGAGUAUGCAAUGAAACUUCACAAGCCUAUGAUCUAUGGUGCAACCAGCCAUGCUGAGAGGACAAAAAUUCUCCAUGCGUUCAAAACUAGUAGUGAAGUAAAUACUGUCUUCUUGUCUAAGGUUGGUGAUAACUCGAUUGAUAUUCCCGAGGCAAAUGUGAUAAUCCAGAUAUCAUCACAUGCUGGUUCAAGAAGACAAGAAGCUCAACGAUUGGGUCGUAUUCUGAGAGCAAAGGGUAAACUUCAAGAUAGAAUGGCAGGAGGCAAAGAAGAGUAUAAUGCUUUCUUCUAUUCUCUUGUAUCUACUGAUACACAGGAGAUGUACUAUUCAACCAAAAGACAACAGUUUCUGAUUGAUCAAGGUUAUAGCUUUAAGGUGAUAACAAGCUUGCCUCCAGCUGAUUCAGGAGCUGAUUUGAGCUAUCACAGUCUUGAGGAUCAAUUGGGACUUCUUGCGAAGGUUUUGAGUGCUGGAGAUGAUGCUGUUGGUUUAGAACAGCUAGACGAGGAUGCAGAUGACAUAGCUCUUCACAAAACCCGUCGCUAUAUGGGAUCCAUGAGUGCCAUGUCAGGUGCAAACGGGAUGGUUUAUAUGGAAUACAGUACUGGGCAGAAGGGUGGGAAGGGCCAGAUAAAGGGUAAGCCCAAGGACCCAUCCAAGCGGCAUUAUUUGUUCAAAAGGCGCUUUGGCUGAGAUAGCAACUGUACGGAUGCCAGUUAUCGGUGACUUUGUUGCAUCAUCUAAGGUUUUACCAAGAGAAGGGAAAGUUGCAAGGAGCUCUAAUUUACAACUUUAUUGGUCGUUACACGACUUUUUUAUAUGUGAUGUUGAUUUGAGAUGAACAUGCCAUUGCAAGAGCUAGUGGUCAUGGUCUACCUUUCGAAAGUCAGUUUUUGUUUGUUUAUGAAGCCCUCUUUCUGGUUGGCAUACCGUGCAAGUGGCGAGAUUCCCUCUUCUUUUUUGUUCUUUAAUCGGAAUGAGUCAGUUACUUCUUCGAAAGCAAAGGAUUUCUUACAACCUGGUUGUUUAAUUAAACUGUGUGAAGGAUAAGAAGACAUUUAUGAUGCUUCUCGGAGAUAUAUUGUAAUAUAGUAAAUGUAAUUUACCUUGAAAGAUGCACGAUAUCCUUUCUAUUAUAAAGAACUUUUGUGCUUGCGAUGCAA